CCACACAACACACCACACACCACACACCACACGCUACAGCAGUCACAUAGACCCCACUAAGGGCCCAUCCAAGCCCAUACAUGGUUGGGCGUCCCCCGGGUAAACGAAACAAGAAGCGUGGCAGCUGCCAAACAAGAGCAGGUGGUCGGUUCGGCGCGAAAGCGGCCGCGUCACCAUCCCCCGCUGCGGACACUUCACCGCCACAUGACCACCACGACACAUGUUAUGAAGGAGACGAGGAGGACCACAGCAGCAGCCAACACAGCAGCGACAGCAAUAGUCACUAUGGCAGCUGCAGCUCGGGGAGCUCGGGUCGUGUCAAGCGUGAUGGCACGAGCAAACGACAGCGCAGGCGCCGCCGGCAACAGCAGCGAGAAAAAGAAGAAAAGAGGGGCUUUCGCACUCUUUUUCAGAUGUGGGCGCCGACUCCACCGCCUCCGCCCGGCAGCACUUUCGCCCCCACCUCUACAGAGACCGAAAGCAAGGCGGGACAGUUUGAGGACGGGGCGGUUGUGUUCGAGGUUGAGGGAGGUGGAGACGACGGUGACGAGCUCUGCAAU